AUGAUGGCUGCCUUCGGAAUCCUCAGCUACGAACACCGGCCGCUUAAGCGGCCCCGGCUCGGGCCACCGGACGUCUAUCCGCAAGAUCCCAAGCAGAAGGAGGAUGAGCUGACUGCAUUGAAUGUGAAACAAGGAUUUAAUAACCAGCCAGCUGUGUCUGGUGAUGAACAUGGCAGUGCCAAAAAUGUCAACUUCAACCCCUCUAAGAUCAGUUCAAACUUUAGCAACAUCAUCGCCGAGAAACUGCGCUACAACACCUUUCCCGACACGGGCAAGCGCAAGCCGCAGGUCAACCAGAAGGAUAAUUUCUGGCUGGUCACAGCAAGAUCGCAGAGCUCAGUUAAUAACUGGUUCACGGAUUUAGCUGGCACAAAACCACUAACACAAUUGGCCAAAAAGGUGCCAAUUUUCAGCAAGAAGGAGGAGGUUUUCGGGUACUUGGCCAAGUACUUGGUCCCUGUCAUGCGCUCAGCAUGGAUGAUCAAGAUGACUUGCGCUUAUCACGCGGCCAUUACAGAAACGAAAGUCAAAAAGAGACACGUGAUUGAUCCUUGUAUAGAAUGGACCCAAAUCAUAACGAAAUAUCUGUGGGAGCAGCUACAGAAGGUGGCUGAGUUCUACCGACAGUUCCCCAGUCAAGGUUGCAGCUCACCUCUCCCAGCCACUCCUGCUGAUGUGGAAACGGCCAUCAAGCAGUGGGAGUACAACGAAAAGCUAGCCAUGUUCAUGUUUCAAGACGGAAUGCUGGACCGACAUGAGUUUCUUACAUGGGUGCUGGAGUGUUUCGAGAAGGUCCGACCUGGCGAGGAUGAGCUCCUGAGACUCCUCCUGCCACUUUUACUGCAGUACUCGGGGGAAUUCGUACAGUCGGCCUACUUGUCACGUAGGCUGGCUUACUUCUGCACGCGCCGCCUUAACCUGUUGCUAAGUGACGGCAGCCUUGGUCCUGGUGCGGGCAGUGGCCACCAGGCGCACGGCAUUUUGACACCACAAGGCAACGCCCUGCCCCCGACGCCGACCUCGCAGCCGGCUGGAGGGAACCAGCCCCAGACGCCGUUCACAGACUUCUACAUCUGCCCCCAGCACCGUCCUUUGGUUUUUGGCCUCAGCUGCAUGUUGCAGAGCAUAGUGUUGUGUUGCCCCAGUGCACUGGUGUGGCAUUACUCUCUAACAGACAGCAGAAACAAGACUGGCUCUCCUCUUGACCUUCUGCCCAUUGCACCCUCCAGUUUACCAAUGCCAGGAGGAAACACUGCUUUCACACAGCAGGUCCGUGUAAAGCUGAGAGAGAUCGAGGAGCAAGUGAAGGAGCGAGGUCAAGCAGUGGAAUUCCGCUGGUCAUUUGACAAGUGCCAGGAGACGACAGCAGGAUUCACUAUUGGGAGGGUGCUGCACACCCUGGAGGUUUUGGACAACCACAGCUUCGAGAAGUCUGACUUUAAUAACUCGCUGGACUCCUUGUACAACCGAAUAUUUGGUUCAGGCCAAAGCAAGGACGGCCAUGAGAUGUCGCCAGAUGACGACGCAGUGGUGACCCUGCUUUGUGAAUGGGCUGUGUGCUGUAAGCGGUCAGGUAGACACAGGGCAAUGGUGGUGGCCAAGCUGCUGGAGAAGCGACAGGCUGACAUUGAGGCAGAGCGUUGCGGUGAGUCUGAGGUGGUGGAUGAGAAGGGCUCUGUGUCGUCAGGCUCCCUUUCCACAGCUACGCUUCCAGUCUUUCAGGAUGUUCUGCUUCAGUUCUUAGAUACUCAGGCCCCUACACUAACCGAGCCCGGGAAUGAGAACGAGCGAGUGGAGUUCUCAAACCUGGUACUCCUCUUCUGCGAGCUCAUCCGCCAUGACGUCUUUUCGCACAACAUCUACAUGUGCACACUCAUCUCCCGCGGAGACCUGUCCUCUGACGGCCACAUACCACGCCCGCGCUCCCCCAGUGACGAGCCGUCGGACGACUCUGAUCGCAAAGACCAGGAUGCGGGCAGCAGCAUCAAGAUGGAGGACACCGGCCUGUCAGAGUCCAUGGAAAUCGACCACAAUUCGAGUGCCAAUUUUGAAGAGAUGUUCUCUCCUCCGAUGCACUGUGAGACAAAGGGCAGCCCCUCACCAGAAAAAUCUGUACCUGAGCAGGACUGCAAGAAUACUUGCAAAGACAAGAGCAUGGACCCCGCAUUUCCCCAGCUGUAUGAGCAGCCGCGACACAUUCAAUAUGCCACCCACUUCCCUAUUCCUCAGGAGGAGAAUGCCAGCCAUGAGUGCAACCAGCGGCUCGUGGUCCUAUACGGCGUGGGCAAAUUACGGGACGAGGCCCGGCACACCAUCAAGAAGAUAACCAAAGAUAUCUUGAAGGUGCUCAACCGCAAAAGCACUGCAGAAACAGGGGGCGAGGAGGGACAAAAGAGAAAGAGGAGUAAACCAGAGGCCUUUCCCACUGCCGAAGAUAUCUUCUCAAAGUUCCAGCACCUCUCCCACUUUGACCAGCACCAGGUCACUUCACAGGUGUCCCGAAAUGUGCUGGAACAGAUCACCAGCUUUGCCUUAGGGAUGUCCUAUCACUUGCCUCUAGUCCAGCACAUUCAGUUCAUUUUUGACCUCAUGGAAUACUCCCUCAACAUUAGUGGCCUCGUUGACUUUGCUAUUCAGCUUUUAAACGAGCUUAGCCUGGUAGAAGCCGAACUUCUUCUCAAGUCGUCUAGCCUGGUGGGUAGCUACACCACCAGCCUGUGUCUGUGCAUUGUUGCUGUGCUCAGGAGGUACCACUCCUGCCUCAUACUAAACCCCGAGCAGACGGCGCAGGUUUUCGAUGGGCUGCGCAUCGUGGUAAAGUCAGGUGUAAACCCAGCGGACUGUUGUUCAGCUGAACGUUGCAUCUUGGCCUACCUGUAUGACCUCUACACCUCCUGCAGUCAUCUGAAGAACAAAUUUGGGGAGAUUUUCAGUGAAUUCUGCUCCAAAGUGAAGAACUCCAUCUAUUGCAACAUUGACCCUUCGGACUCCAACAUGCUGUGGGACCCUGUGUUCAUGAUGGAAGCCAUAGCCAACCCGUCAGCGCACAACUUCAACCACUCUAUGGUGGGCAAGAUCCUCAACGACAGCCCGGCCAACCGCUACAGCUUCGUAUGCAACGUGCUCAUGGACGUGUGCGUCGACCACCGGGACCCUGAGAGGGUGAAUGAUAUUGGCAUCCUGUGCGCUGAACUUACUGCAUACUGUCGCUCCCUGAGUGCGGAGUGGCUUGGCAUUCUCAAGGCGCUGUGCUGCUCCUCCAACAACGGCAACUGUGGCUUCAACGACCUGCUUUGUAACGUCGACGUGAGCGAUUUAUCCUUCCAUGAUUCCCUGGCGACCUUUGUUGCCAUCCUCAUAGCAAGACAGUGUCUUCUUCUGGAGGACCUUGUUCGCUGUGUGGCCAUUCCAUCCCUACUCAAUGCGGCCUGCAGCGAGCAAGACUCCGAGCCAGGAGCUAGACUCACCUGCAGGAUUUUGCUGCACCUUUUUAAGACGCCACAGCGCAACCCUGUCCCCCAAGAUGGCAUCAAGUCAGAUAAAUCAUCCGUUGGUAUCCGGUCGUCGUGUGACCGCCAUCUCCUGGCGGCGUCACAGAACAGUAUCGUCGUGGGAGCCGUUUUUGCUGUGCUCAAAGCUGUCUUCAUGUUAGGUGACGCCGAGCUAAGGGGCUCGGGACUGUCCCAUUCGGCUGGCCUUGAUGAUUUAUCGGAGGGCCGCAAUGUCUCCAUAGAGACAGCAAGCUUAGAUGUGUAUGCAAAAUAUGUUCUGAAAACCAUCUGCCAGCAGGAGUGGGUGGGAGAGCGCUGCCUCAAGUCUCUGUCAGAGGACAGCAGUGCCCUCCAGGACCCAGUCCUGGUAAACAUUCAGGCCCAAAGGCUGCUGCAGCUCAUUUGCUACCCUCAUAGACAGCUGGACAGUGACGAUGGCGACAACCCUCAGAGGCAGCGCAUCAAACGCAUCCUACAGAAUAUGGACCAGUGGACAAUGAGACAGUCAUCCCUGGAGCUUCAGCUGAUGAUCAAACAGAGCACAAACAAUGAGCUUUAUUCUCUGUUAGAGAACAUUGCCAAGGCCACGAUCGAGGUGUUUCAGAAAUCAGCUGAGAUGAACUCCAAUAACCCCUCAGGGAAUGGUGCAGCCCUCCAAAGUGGCUCUGCAUCCAACAGCAGUAACACCACCAGCAAGAUGAAACCUAUUUUAAGUUCAUCUGAGCGGUCAGGUGUGUGGCUGGUGGCUCCGUUGAUAGCCAAGCUACCCACCUCAGUUCAGGGUCACGUCCUCAAGGCAGCAGGGGAGGAGCUGGAGAAAGGACAGCACCUUGGUUCAUCAUCGCGAAAGGAGCGGGAUCGCCAGAAGCAGAAAAGUAUGUCAUUGCUGAGCCAGCAACCGUUCCUGUCUUUGGUGCUGACCUGCCUGAAAGGUCAGGAUGAACAGCGCGAGGGUCUUCUCACCUCGCUCUACAGCCAAGUUCAUCAGAUCGUUACUAACUGGAGAGAUGACCAGUACCAGGAUGACUGCAAAGCCAAGCAAAUGAUGCACGAGGCUCUAAAGCUGCGACUCAAUCUUGUGGGCGGCAUGUUCGACACGGUGCAGCGCAGCACCCAGCAAACCACCGAAUGGGCCGUCCUCCUGCUUGACAUCAUCAGCAGCGGAACCGUGGACAUGCAGUCCAAUAACGAACUCUUCACUACCGUACUGGACAUGCUGAGUGUGCUGAUUAAUGGCACGCUGGCCGCUGACAUGUCCAGCAUCUCUCAGGGCAGCAUGGAGGAGAAUAAGAGAGCCUACAUGAAUCUGGUCAAGAAGCUCAGGAAAGAGCUUGGGGAUCGGCAGCUAGAGAGCUUGGAGAAGGUUCGCCAGCUGCUACCACUACCCAAGCAAACACGUGAUGUCAUCACGUGUGAACCUCAGGGCUCACUCAUCGACACCAAGGGUAACAAGAUAGCUGGUUUUGAAAAAGAGGGGCUUCAAGUGUCAACAAAGCAGAAAAUCUCUCCAUGGGACGUUUUUGAGGGACUCAAACAUUCAGCACCUCUCUCGUGGGGAUGGUUCGGUACGGUGCGCAUGGACCGCAAGGUGACCAAGUUCGAGGAGCAACAGCGCUUCCUUCUCUACCACACACAUCUGAAGCCCAAGCCUCGCAGCUACUACCUGGAGCCACUCCCACUGCCACCUGAAGAAGAGGAGCCACUGACACCCAUCUCGCAGGAGCCUGAGAAGAAGAUGAUGGAAGCAGUGAAGCCGGAGAAAAAUGUACCCACCAUGCCUUCGGAUUCCAACAAGAAGAAGUCCAACAAGAAGAAAAAAACUCCAUCGGCAAAGACUGAGGACUGUGUGAACCGCACUUCUGGCAUGAGCUACGGGACAAACAUGCCACCAGAGCUCAUGCAGAAUCACUACAGUAGGCUUCCCUAUGGCCAGCAGGGCAUGGGCAUGUACACACAGAGCCAACUUCUACCUCCUGGAGGGCCCGGUUUAGAUCCACCCUACAGGCCUGCCCGCAACCCACCAAUGAACAAGAUGAUGACAACGCCACGGCCCAACUAUGCGGGCAUGAUGCCCACGAUGCAGGGCAACAUGCCUGGCAUGAUGGGUCUGGAGAAGCAGUAUCAAAUGGUCUACAAGCCUCAGCCUAACAUGCAGCAGAGCCAGAUGUUGCGCCACCAGCUGCAGGUCAGACUGGUGAGUCAGGCUCCACUGACAGGUCAAACUGCUCCUCACCAGAAUCACAGCAUGAUGGGGCAGCAGAUUAGACAAAUGGCACCCAACCAACCGUACACGUCAAUGCAGCCAUCUCAAAACUUAUCUCAGGGCUACACGUCAUACGGCUCACACAUGGGCAUUCAGCCGCACCCGUCCCAAAGUGGUGCCAUUGUGCCCUCGUCCUACGGGACCCAGAAUUUCCAGGGCACCCACCCGGGGACAAACCCGGCCGUGGUGGAUCCUCUGAGGCAAAUGCAGCAGAGGCCCAGUGGUUACGUUCACCAGCAGGCACCAGGAUAUGCACACAAUAUGCAGAAUGCACAGAGGUUUACCCACCAGCCCAUCCAGCAGAAUCCCGUCAUGCACAGUCUUGGUCAAAUGGGAGGCCAGGGAGGCCAUCCGGGCAUGAGGCCCAAUCAGAUGCUGACAGAACAGCAGCAGCAGCAACAACAACAACAGCAACAACAACAGCAACAACAACAACAACAACAGCAGCAGCAGCAGCAACAACAACAACAACAACAACAGCAACAAGCAGCAGCAGCACAGCAACAGCAGCAGCAGUACCACCUCAGACAAGCACUCAGACAGCAGCAGCAAGCCCAACAAGUGCAACAGCAGCAGCAACAAGUCCAGUCCCAGCAGGUCCCUCCACAGCAGCAGGUUCCUCAGCAACAACAGCAGCCGCAACAGCAACCGCAGCAGCAGCAGGUGUCAGGCGUGCCUCCACCAGGGCAGCAACAGAACCAGGGCCUAGGCAUGCAGCCGCUACCGCCACAGCAACCCAUGGUACGACCCAACACAUUCCCCCGUCAGGGCAUGCAGCAGACGCAACAACAGCAGCAGACUGCUGCUCUGGUCAGACAACUCCAACAACAACUCUCAAAUACACAACCCGGGCAGAGCACCAAUUCAUAUUUCUGA